AAGAGCAGGAGGACUUGUGGCACCUUAGCGACUAACACGUUUAUUUGAGCAUAAGCUUUCGUGGGCUACGGCCCACUUCGUCGGAUGCCCCUGUGUCCCAGCGAGAUCACGAUGCGCUGGCGAAGACGCCGUCACACCGUGCUGGCGAGAGCCGGCCGGGAACCGGAUGUUCUGUCCCGUGACAAAUUUAGAAAUUCUGAGGAAACGUGGCCUGAAUUGAGACAAAAGGCUAACCUUUCAAAACAAAAGUCUAAAUACAAUUACUGUCGUAGGUCCAUUGAAAACGUUCGCUUUUGAUACAUCUGAAGUGUUUCAGUUUGAUUUUUGACUAUUUUAAAGAGUUUUUACUGUAAAUUUUCAAAACCAAAAGCUGCUUCGAAACUAAAAAUCGAAACUUUCUCUUCUGAAAAUGUCAAAGCAGGAUGUUUCCACCUUUUAAAAACUUUUCCCAAUUUUUUUUUUUUCAAAACACAAUUUAGCCAAAAUAAUGCAAAAUUUGGUUUAGUUGAAAUGGCGUUUUCCAAUGGAAAACUGUUCUGACCAAAAAAAACUUCAACCAGCUCUAGUGCUGGCACAAUGCCGGCAUGCCAAGAUGCCAUGUGGUGAUGAGGGGAUGUGCCAUUCAAAGUGACAUCACUACAUUGCCUCGGAAUGGCACAGUUUUCUCAAUAGCAGGCCCAUACCGCUGGAGAUCACUCCCUGCAGAAAACAGGCUUUUAGAGUAGCAGCCAUGUUAGUCUGUGUUCGCAAAAAGAGAGACUGCUGAAUUGGAAUUAAUUUGCAAACUGGAUACAAUUAAUUUAGGCUUGAAUAGAGACUGGGAGUGGAUGGGUCAUUACACAAAGUAAAACUAUUUCCCCUUGUUUAUUCCCCCACUCCUCUACUGUUCUUCACACGUUCUUGUCAACUGCUGGAAAUGGCCCAUCUUGAUUCUCACUACAAUAGGUUCCCCCCCUGCCCUCGCUCUCCUGUAGUAAUAAUUCACCUUACCUGAUCACUCUCCUUACAGUGUGUACGGUAACACCCAUUGUUUCAUGUUCUCUGUGUGUGUAUAUAAAUCUCCCCACUGUAUUUUCCACCGAAUGCAUCCGAUGAAGUGAGCUGUAGCUCACAAAAGCUUACGCUCAAAUAAAUUUGUUAGUCUCUAAGGUGCCACAAGUCCUCCUUUUCUUUUUCCCUGCAGAAAAGUGAUUUACCAGGAAGCUGCCCACUCUUAGAAUAGAAAGAGCUGCAAAAAGAAGUAACUCAUUGCCCAAGCCUUCUGAGCUGGUUAAAUCCUGAUUUCCUAGUUCACUGGUAAAACUUCAGGCAGUAGGGGUGCAUGGUGCUUGGCCUCUCUAAUUGAGAUCUUGAAUAUUUCAGUGUCAACUUUGUAAGGUAUCUAGAUACUUUGAUGAUAGGUAUAACAACAUGUGGGCAAAAUCUGUAUCUCUGUACCUGAAUAAUCUGCAUAACUUCCCUUUGUCUUGCAUGAGAAGACAAGGCGGGGGUAAUAUCUUUUUUUGGACCAACUUCUGUUGGUGAAAGAGAUAAGCUUUUGAGCGACACACAGCUCUCUUCUACAAGACAGCUACAACAGCACUGCAUAUACCUUCAUUUGGCAUAUCCACUCAAAUAUUAUGGAUGGGAAAAGUAUCUCCUGGAAUUAUGUACUAAUAAUUUUAAAAAUCCAUAGUAAAAUUUCAACAUUUAUAUUUAAUGUUGUUUGCCUUGUAUGAAAUAACAUACACUGAGACUCGUGUAUCUUGAGCACUCUUGUGUUUCCCCCAUCUAGUUUUACCAAGCCGUCAAGAUGAAUAAAAGGAAGAAAGAACUACCAGAAGGAAACAAUGAAUUCAGUGUUUCCAAAGCAAAAAGAAGCCUUAGGGAGAACUCCCAGCUGACAGCAGAGAAUAAUUUUGAAAUACCAAUACAACCUCAAUCCAAUGAUUCCAAAAGAAAAUCAAAACCAACUACAGCAGGAACAAAGCAGGAAUGGCAAGAGAAAAGCCAGGAAAACACUGAAGCUUUGACAGUAAACUUGCAAACAAGCUCAAAUGAUAAAGAAAGAAAGACUACCUCUGAACUGAAACAGUUAAGUCAGGCAAAGGAGUUUAUUUCUCUUCCUUUAUCACAGAAUUCAGCAGGGAAGUUUGUGCCAGUCUUUGCAAAACCAAAGAAAGGUUUGACUGAAACACCUGAGAGAAAUGAUGGAGAAGCAGCAGGGUUUCAAACAGAACAGAUACUAAUGAUGCACAAACUUCAGGAAAUAUUAGAGUCUAAUCUCCAAUGCACAGACAGCAAUCCGGCAUGUGAGUCCUCAGAAGCAGAUAUGCAGGAAGCAAAGUUCCCACCAGAAUCAUUUCAGUUGAUGGGGACCAAAGUGCAAGAAGCUGGAGAUAUGGUAAUUUCUCACUGUCAGAAAUGUACUAGCGAAGGGCUGGAUGUUAAAACUCAAAACCAGCACAAGAUUAAAAACAUAAGCAAUGAGGCUGCUAUGGUAGGUGAUUCUCACCAAGGAACAGGGAUAGCAUUUAAUUUACAAGAAGACAACUGUGACAAAAUAACCUUCGUGGAACUUGUUCCCUUAUUUCUAGAUACUUUAUGUCAUAAGGAUGCAGGCAGUCAUGAAAACAGGAACCUAUCUCUAGGGUCACUUGAAUGCCCCAUUGAAAAGGAUGUGAGCUAUAGUAUACUAACAGAACACAGAAUUUCUGACAGAGGUAAAGGCAAUCAAAAUGAAGACCUUCUGAAUAGUUGCCUUGAGAAUGUGGACCAAAAGAAACCUACAGAGGAGGAUGAAAUUGCCAUAAAACUAGACAACUUUGUUAAAGAAGAAAAAGAGACUAAAAAUGUUCAUGGGGAAGUCAUAGAUCUGAUGGAUACAAGCAUCAAAAGCAAAAUGGAGAGCAACCUAAUUAAACCUCAAUUUUUAGUAGAUUUAAACAUCACCACAGAUAAAGAAAAGAACAACUCAUGCACAAGGGGCAGAGGAGAAGAGCAAAGCUGCAGUGACAAAGGAGCAGAGCAGAACAGUCCAUUCAAAGAUGGCAAAGCUGCAGAACAAAACAGCCUUCACAGCAGUGGCAAAAUUGCAGAACACAGCAACCUGUGCAGCGCUGGUCAAAUUGCAGAUCGAAGCAGCUCAAAAAGCAGUGUCAAAGCCACACAGCAAAGUAGUCCAUGCAUAAGUGCUGAAGUUGUAGUAGAGCAAAGAGGCAAUUGCAAAGUCACAGAGAAAAGCAGCCCACAGAGCAGUGGCAGAGUCUUGAAGCAAAAGAGCCUGCAAAGCAGUGGUAAAGUUUCAGAGGAAAGCAGCCCUCACAACAGUGGCAGAGUCUUGGAGAAAAUCAGCAGUGACAAAGACAGAGAUAUUUCUGGGAAGGAUUUUCUUAGUAGUACUCAAUCCAUGAUUGUUGAUCUGAAGAUGGAUGUAGAGGUUACUGAAUCAAAAAGCAUACAAGCUAUUGAAACAAUCAGUCCAUUCUGCCUACAAACUGAAGGGUGUGGUCACUCAAAGUGCAGCAACACCUCACUGCAACCAGUUUUUUACACUGGAGAGAGUGAUACAGGCAAAGAAGAGGCAGAAAAGAAGAGUGAGAUGUCUGUAGGCACCAGAGAAGAAUCUGACCCAAAUGCUUCAACCCUCUUGAUUGAUAAUAGCUUUAUAUGUGAGAACAAUCAAGAAGAUUACAUCACUUUGGAGUGGUGGAAGGAAAAUGGAAAUGAGAAGGUGAGGCCUGAUAGGAAACAGUCACCAGUUAGUAUCUGUGACUCAAGACCUAAUUUAUUAAAAGUGAAACAGUCAAAUACAGAGAUUGUUCCAGAGGCAGGAAUAAAAUCUUCUCCCCUUUCAUUUGGCCUCCCGUUGAAUGUAAAAAACAAUGAAGAAAUGGUCAUUUGUGAGAAAGAUAAGAUGGACCCUGUUCCCAUGGAAAAUCGUCUUUCCUCUAUAGAUGUUCUUGAGCAACUGGAAAGAGAAAAGGUGAUAUUCAAUCAUAAAAGAGAAACUGAUGCUAAUUCAGGUGGCUGGAAAUCUCUUUCUGCAGCAGAUACAGGUUUGCCUAGUGGUGCACUGAGGGAUCCUUCCCCCGUGGACCAAACCUGCUCACCUUGGGAAGAUGCACUUUCUCUGGAUCUAGAAUUGUUGCCUGACAACCAGUUACAGAGUGUCCUUGAAGAUAACAGAAUUGAAUUUCCACUGCAGCAGUCGAUUGAUAAUGAACACCCACAGGGAUCUGGAGUCUUUAAAGAGGCUGAAGUACAGAAAAAGCAGACAGUCGGGAAGGUUUAUUGCUCAUGCCCUGAAGGGAGCGACAAAUAUUCUGUACGCAGUAAAAAAAUGGAAGGAGAUCUAGGACUGUGCAUCAAAUCAGAACCAGAUAAUAGCAUUGUUUGGUUUAACGGUUUAAAUGGCCAGAGGUUUUGUUCUGUUCUGGUGUUGCUUUUACUCUCCUACAUUUGGCAUUUGAACCUUAUUCUUAUUUACGCUAAGGCCCCUUGACACCAAUCUAGCCAUGUUAAAUCUCUUUUUCACUGCCAGAAUGGAGUAAUGAGGCUGUAGCAUAAAUGAGAAUAAGGCCCAGUGUCUUAGAGCCAAAUUCUUGCUGGCUACUGGCUGAUUGCAGUACAGGAAUAAUAUCCACUCAUCUCCUGCCUCCCCAAAGGGCACAUAUACAGAGUUAAAAAAAAAAAACAGUUGUAUGCUCAAAUUCUGGUCAUAAACCCUUGGUCUUUCCCUUCCAACCUUGUCCAGACUAGAAUGUAAAGGUGAAAUGUUGAGCCAUUCUAGCUACCAUGUUUGAAAAGCCUAGGGUAGACAAGGCAGCAUAUACAUGCUAAACUGUUCAAGAUAAACCCUAGUCUCCCCACUUAAGACUUCACCUCAAUCAGUUUAGCAUGUGUUUAAGGUCCUAGACUUUUCAACAUACCUUUCAUCCUUAUCUAGGCCAGGCCUCCAUCACUUCUGCUAUGGAGCCCUUGCAGAGCAGGCUUUCUUCAUGUUUUCAGGGGAAACCAGAAUUGAGGUGCUCUUUUGAGUCCUAUGACCCU